GAGCUUGUUUCUUUACGGAAUGUUUUUGUCGAUACACGCGGAACUUGCGGAUAGAAAAAGACUUUGCAGUGGUAGAAAUGUUUUAUGUUUUUCAUUUACUUUAUAACUAACCGUUGACAAAUGUAAAGUGACACUGAAAACAACUUCUGAAACCCACUCGACAUUUGUUGCUUCACUCUGGCUAAAAUGGCUGAAUGGUGUCCAAUAGCGAAAGUUUAUGACCCGUUGAAAGCUGGCAGCAUCGACGGCACAGAUGUGGAGCCCCACGACCGGGCGGUAUGGAGAGCCAUGUGUGCCCGGUACAAGCCCAACAAAGGCGUUGCUGGAGACCCACUGCUCACACUGUUUGUUGCCCGCUUGAACCCCCAAACAACCGAGGAUAAAUUGCACAACGUAUUCUCCAAAUACGGAGGCAUUCAGCGGCUUCGAUUGGUGCGGGACGUCGUCACUGGUUUCUCCAAAGGAUAUGCAUUCAUUGAAUAUAAGGAGGAGCGGUCCGUGACCCGGGCCCGCCGGGACGCAAACAAACUUGUUGUUGACCAGCACGAAGUGUUUGUGGAUUUCGAACAGGAGAGAACCCUGAAGAGAUGGGUACCACGGCGUCUCGGUGGUGGGCUGGGAGGGAAAAAGGAGUCUGGACAGCUUCGUUUCGGCGGCAGGGACAGACCUUUUCGUAAACCCAUUAACCUCGGGUCCGGUCCGGCGCAGAAAUGGGGCGGUGAUGGGGGUAGGGACAAGGAUAGAGCAGGGGCAACAUACCGGGAGGACCGCCACCGACAAAGAGAGUUUGAGUGGGGCAGCCGAGAGAGGAGAGAUUACCGUGGCAGAGAGAGGGAAGACCGGAGGCAUCGAGACAGGAGAUGAGAUGUAUCGAGAUCAAAAUUGCUUUUUUAAACAAGCCUGUGACUUACAUUUUUAACAAUUUUGCACGUGGUCUUUAAUUUUUUUUUUAAAGUGGAUAGUUAAGAACAAAAGUGCAACACUUUAGUAGACUGGGGGAUAUAUUUUAUGUUUGCCUGGGCAAUGGAAAUAAGGCUAUAGAUUUUCACUUUCAUUAUUUAAUGUUCUUUUGAUCAUUUUAAAUGGCAAUUACAUCUUCAGCUGCCAUUUCCAGCAUUAUUUUGGACAGUCUAAUUUGUUUGAUGACUGGAAGUGCAAACUGGCCAGUAAAAAAAUAGUGAUAUUCAUUUGUCUGUGAAAAUUUCCCCUCUUCAUUAUUUUGUCUGUUACAGUGUUGAUGUCAAAUCAAAUUGAAUCUUCCAAUCGUUAAAGACUGUGUGACUGUUAGAGCAAUCAAAUGUUUUAUUACAUAUUGUUGCACAUUAAAGGGCUUGUAAAUCA